UUUGUUUUUAUAAAAUUUAUUGCUAAUUGGUGUAGUUCUUUUGUUUAAUAUGCACUUAAAAUAUGAUAUUUUCAAGAUCUUUAUAUUAUUAUUUAUAGAGAUUUUUUUCUCAUUAAAUUUGUAUUACUGUCGCUCAAUUCCUAAUGAACUAAAGUUUGAUUGUAUACCCAAAGGAAAGUCUGAUGAAAUAAUCUGCAAACAAAUUAACUGUUCCUGGACACCAGUUGAGCAAUCUUUUACUGAAUGGCCAUGGUGUUACUAUCCAGAAUGUUACAAUAAUUAUAAUACAAUUAAUAUAUCGAAGACAAGUACUGGAAUAGUAGCAUUUUAUAAUUUAUCAGUGAAUUCUAAUUACAAAAAAAAUAUCCAAAUUUUGCGACUGGAUGUUAUUUUUGAAACAUCACAAAGAUUACGAAUUACGAUUGAUGAUGCAAUUCAAAUACGUUAUAAACCACCCUUUCCAAAAAUUAACGAGUUUAAAGGAAAACCAAUUCAAAAAAAUGAUACUUUUAUAAUAUCUGAUUUUAUUGUACGACUUUCGAAGAAUGGAGUUGGAUUUGCAAUUAUUCGUAAGGUGGAUGAUACAGUUCUGUUUGAUAGUCGAAAUAUUGGAGGUUUUAUAUUUUCUGAUCAAUUUAUUCAAUUGUCAGCUUUACUACCCUCGAAGUAUAUUUAUGGACUGGGAGAGCAUAGAACUAAUUUAGUCUUAAAUUCAAAUUGGAAAACAUAUACACUGUUUAAUCAUGACAGUACUCCAAAACCUGACAUAAACGGCUAUGGCUCACAUCCGUUUUAUUUAUUAAUGGAAAAAUCUGGGAAGAGUCAUGGAGUAUUUUUAUUUAAUAGCAAUGCUAUGGAUAUUAUAUUACAGCCUGCGCCUGCAAUUACAUAUCGUGUUAUUGGUGGAAUCUUAGAUUUUUAUUUUUUUUCUGGACCAACACCUUCAGAUGUUAUUACUCAGUAUACUGAAAUUAUCGGCAGACCAUUUUUACCACCUUAUUGGUCUUUAGGUUUUCAUAUGAGCCGAUUUGGGCAGACUUUUGAAGAUCUUGUUCAAGUUUAUAAUAGGACUAUAGAAGCUGGUAUUCCUUGGGAUACUCACUGGAAUGACAUUGAUUAUAUGAAUAAUAAAGAUGACUUCACACUUUCCAACAAUUUUAAGCAACUACCAGAAUAUGUGAAUAAUUUACAUAAGAACGGAAUGCACCAUAUAGUUAUUUUAGAUCCAGGUAUCAAAUCACGACAAUCAAAUGGAACAAUUUAUGUUCCUUUAAAAGAUGGUCUUAAUGACAAUAUUUUUAUAAAAAACUCUGCUGGUCAACCAUUAGAAGGAAAAGUUUGGAAUAACAUUGGAACAGUAUUUCCUGAUUUUACACAUCCAAAAGCAACCCAAUACUGGAAAAACCAGAUUUUAAAUUUUUAUAAUAUUGUAAAAUUUGAUGGGUUAUGGUUGGAUAUGAAUGAACCAGCUAAUUUUGUCAAUGGUGAUUUUAAUGGGUGUUCAUCUUUUAAAUCUGAUCACUGGGAAUUACCUCAAUAUAUUCCCGGUAUAGUCGGUGGUCAAUUGAACUACAAAACUAUUUGCAUGUCUGCAAGUCAUUUCGCUGGUAUUCAUUAUGAUUUGCAUAAUUUAUAUGGACUUGUUGAAACUAUAUCCACUUACGAUGCAUUGUCAGAAGUAAAAAAUACUAGACCUUUUAUAAUUUCUCGAUCUUCUUUUCCUGGUUUUGGACAUUAUGCUGGUCACUGGACUGGAGACAUAAACUCUUCAUGGGAUGAUAUGAAACAGUCCAUAACAGAUAUAAUAAAUUUUAAUUUAUUUGGCAUUCCCCUAGUCGGUGCAGAUAUAUGUGGUUUUCAUCACGAUACUACUGUUGAGUUGUGCUCAAGGUGGAUUCAAUUGGGAGCAUUCUAUCCAUUUUCUAGGAAUCAUAACGGCCAAUACAUGAAAGACCAAGAUCCAGUAGCUUUAGGAUCAAAUGUUAUAGUAUCUGCAAAAAAUUCAUUGAUAACUAGGUAUUAUCUAUUGCCAUAUUUGUAUUCACUGUUUUGGAAAGCUCAUGUUUAUGGAGAAACUGUUGUUCGACCUUUGUUUUUUGAGUAUCCAUCUGAUGAAAAUACAUAUGCCAUAGACACACAGUUUCUAUGGGGUGCAGCCUUACUGAUCUUGCCAGUCUUAAAAGAAAAAAAUCAUCAAGUGUAUGUAUAUCUUCCUAAAGAUAUAUGGUAUGAUUUUUACAAUAAUACUGCGAUAUUAAGCAAAGGAAGUUAUUUUUUCAUAACAGCUCCAACCCACACAAUACCUUUACUGGUGCGAGGGGGUUAUAUUUUACCAACACAAAUGCCCGCCUUAACUACAACAUUAAGUCGUCAAAAUCACUUUGAACUUUUAGUAGCUCCUAAACACAACCAAGCAACUGGUUUUUUAUUUUUUGACGAUGGAGAGUCUUUAGAUGCCUGGAAAAAUAAAUCAUUCAACAAAGUUCAAUUUAAACUUGAUAAAACUAAAUUUUCUAGUAUAGUAGAGAUGAAUGGUUAUAUUGAUGACAACUUUGUGUUACAAAAUAUUACUGUACUUGGAAUCAAAGAAGGACCAACCAAUUCACAAGUUAAUGGAAUUCCAUUCAAUAGUUAUUACUUCAAUAAAACCAAACAAGUUUUAUACUUCAAAAUGUUAAACUUAGAUCUAAGGAUGCCAUUCAAUUUAACAUGGUAAAUUAUGAACAUCAAUAAUGAACAAAUUUCCAUCUACAAAGUACUAAAUUAUGUAAAAUAAAUGUUGAAUAAUAACCACAAAUGUAAGUGAUUAUAUAAGAGUAAAUGGUUCAGUUCAUUCUUUUUGGUACUUAUAAGUAUAGAAAAUUGCAUUAAUUAAAAACAAUUUUAACGUAUAUAUAUAUAUGUAUAAAAUAAUAUUAUAUUAUUAAUUGGUGUAUAAAAUAAUUAAUGUUAGUUUCUAUAUUUAUUACAAACUAGGAACCAGUUAUAAAAAUUAGAAACUAUAGACCAGUAACAUUGAUGGAUUUACCCUUCUGAUGCCUCGAAUUAAAUAGUAUACAAAAGAGAUGGUUUUAAAUUUAUUUGAUUUUUGUAAAUACAUGUAAUUUUCUACCCAUAAAAUAUAAAUGCAAUUGAUUAAAUUACAAUUUUUUUU